AUGGACUUACACGAAGUCGCCCGGCGCUCUUUCCAGACGAUACGCGGCCGACUGGCGGGGGCGCUGGUUUAUUUGGACACGGGAGCGGGGGAGACUGCCGCCCACAGCCUUGGGGCGAGAUUCUUCUUUGAUCUGGGUGCCUCCAACGUGUGCGAGCUGAAGACUGCUUGCUCCCAAGAUGCCGCACUCCCACUCUUGAUUGGUCAGGCAUACCCUGUUGUGAUAUUUAUCACGCAACUGUUGACGACGGCCCAGGAACAAAUUCUGAAGGCAGUCAAGGCGCACCCAUCAGCCACAGGCGUGACAGUGUUCUGCUCAUAUUCCGUGGAUGCCCACCCAAACCUCUCUGGUGCUGUGAUUGGCAGCAACGCAUAUGCAGAUUUUGAGCAGAUGCUGCAAAAAGAAGCCGAUUGGCGGAACCAGGGCUUGGAUGACAAAGAUGAGGCGAGGGAGGCCAUGAUUGAUGCAAGGCAGCAGGAGCUCUAUCAGCGCAGUGGCCAGGAGGCAUCUGUCAGAUAUUUCCCGUUCCAGCUGUGUGCUGUGACAGGGAGAACUUUUGUUCUCCCAUCGACAUGUGCUGCUGUUCAGACGAGGAGUGGAGGGAUCCCUGCUGGCUUUGGGGACUACGAUGAAAAAUCAAAUCAAGCUGGCGAUGCCAUAAACCUGGGCGAUACGGCAAAUGCUGUUUCAUUAAUUGGUCAUACCCUUUCUGGGGUGGCCAGUCAACUUGGUGUGAAGUUCGACACAUAUACUUUGGGGCCAUUUUCACAGAGAAUCGGUAAGUGUGUUGUUGAAGUAGCAAAUUCCUACAUUCUCUGCACAACAACUGUCAACUUGUGA